CCCCGCACGGCCCCGCACGGCCCCACCGAGACGCGGCCCGGCCCCGCCGGCCCGGCGGAGGAGAGGCGUGAGGGCUCGCCAUGCCGCUGGUGAAGAGGAACAUCGAGCCCCGGCACCUGUGCCGGGGGGCCCUUCCCGAUGGGGUGACGAGUGAGCUGGAGUGUGUCACCAACAGCACGCUGGCUGCCAUCAUCAAGCAGCUGGGCAGCCUCAGCAGGCACGCAGAGGACAUCUUUGGAGAGCUGUUCAACGAAGCCAACAGCUUCUACAUGAGGAUGAACUCACUGCAGGAGAGGGUGGACCUGCUGGUCAUCAAGGUGACGCAGCUGGACUCCACCGUGGAGGAAGUUUCGCUGCAGGACAUCAACAUGAGGAAAGCCUUCAAGAGCUCCACGGUGCAGAACCAGCAGGUCGUGUCCCGCAACUCCAUCCCCAACCCGGUGAUGGAGAUGUACCAGCGCUGCGACAAACCCCCGCCCCUCAACAUCCUCACGCCCUACAGGGAUGACAAGAAGGACGGCCUCAAAUUCUACACCGACCCCUCCUACUUCUUCAACUUAUGGAAGGAGAAGAUGCUGCAGGCUACAGAAGACAAGAGGAAGGAGAAGCGCAGGCAGAAGGAGCAGCGGCUGGUGGAGGACUCCACCCGGGAGGUGAAGAAAGUGAGGAAAGCCCGCAACCGGCGCCUGGAGUGGAACAUGAUGGCGUAUGAUAAAGAGUUCCGGCCGGAUAACAGGUUCUCACCAUCCCCCUAUCACAUGGCAUCAUCGGAAGGAUCACUGUCCCCAGAUAAUAGGUCCUACGCGUCGGACGCUGCCGACCACUCGUACCCGGCCAGCCCCAACCACCCCGCGCAGCUGCUGGCCCCGGCGGCCCACCUGGCCCCGGCGGAGCACAAGGAGGGGCUGGCGGCCACCAACCCCCCGGAGCUCGUGUUCCGGCCGGCCCCGGGCAGCCGCCAGAACAGCCUGACCCGCCUGCAGCAGCCCCACGCGCCGCCGCCCCCCGAGGCCGUCCUCAACGGGCCCAGACCCCACCUAGUCAAGGAUUACGGCCCGCAGCCGGUGCCCAUGGCCGAGUACUUCGUGCCGCCGGCGCCGCCGCCGCCGCCGCCCGUCAUCCCGUCGGCACAGACCGCCUUCGACAGCCCCAUCUCGGCUCCCCCCGCGCUGGGCCCCGGCUCGGCCGCGGCCCCGUCCUACGCCCCGUCCCCGCCUCCCGCGCCCCCCGGGCCCUACUCCGCCUCCCCGCCUCAGCCCGGCCCCCUGGGCCCGCCGGUGGCGCCGCCGCCGCCGCCGCCCGGCCCGCCCGCCGUGUCCGCCUCGCCCGCGCACUCCGCCUCGCCGCCCGCCGCCGCCGCCGAGCCCCGCAAGCCGCCGGUGCCGCUGGUGCCCAUGAGCGACGCCCGCAGCGACCUGCUGGCCGCCAUCCGCAGGGGAAUCCAACUCCGGAAGGUCCAGGAGCAGUGGGAACAAGAGGCCAAAAAAGAGCCGGUGGGCAACGACGUGGCGACCAUCCUGUCGCGCCGGAUCGCGGUGGAGUACAGCGAGUCCGACGACGACUCCGAGCUGGACGAUAACGAGUGGUCGGACUGAGGGCCCCGGGCGGCGCGGGCUCAGAGCUCCCGGCUCCGCUCCAGGUGUGUAUGGGCACCUUCCCCAUGUCGCUGCUCGGGCAGCAGCUUUGCUUUUACACUAUGUCAAAAACCCUUCGGGCAGCAGCAGCAGCAGCAGCAGCAGCAGCAGCACUGGUAGGAUACACCUUGGAGGCAGUGAGACCAGAAAUUAGCAGCACCUUCACAGUUAAUGACUUCCAAAAUUCUCUGAAGGCAGGUUAAUAGGAUUACUCCAGAUUUACACCUGGAGCAAGACUAGACUGGCCCUGAGUGUGCUUUGUGAGAGAAGGGAGCCCCAGAGGCAGCAGUGCUUUUCCAGCUAAAUGUUAAUUGUGAUAACUCCUGGAGGAGAAGCCUUGUUUGCACAGCUGGUGCCACCACGAGAGCUCAGGGAUGGGCUUGGGGACACUCUGCUCUGGUGGUUUGGGGUCAGGCAGCUCCAAAGGCUGCGUGUGGGCAGGAGCCUCCUUCCCUACAGAGCAACGCACCACGUUUAGUAGCAGUUACACCCUUGUGUUGUUGCUCCCUGGAAAAUUAUGGAAUGCUUUGGGUUGGAAGGCACCUGGGGCACCCUCCAGUAGACCGGGUUGCAUGAGCAGCCCAAGGUGUUGGUGACCUGAGCCUGUAUCCACCCUCAGAGCUGGUUUUCUAGGGGCAAAGGGGGAAGGCAAGGCUGGUGUGGCUGGCAGGGAGACACAGCCUUGUCUGGGCUUGUCCUGCCUUUUCCAGUGGAGGAGUAGAGGUGUCCAGGGAGCUUCCCUAAGCCCAGCUCUCCUUGGCCUCAGCAUGACACCAUUUCAGUGUUCUUUGGGAAAAAGUGAAUCAGACAAUCUGCUGCUUUCAGGGAAACUCUCAACUUGCACUUUGCAGCCCCACAAACUGUGCCUGUACGACUGAGAUCAGCUCAGACCCAGGCACUGAUUCCCCUACCUGAUCCUGCUCCGUCCCCUGUCCCACGUUUGGACACUGAUGGAGGAGCUGGGUAACCAGGCCCUGGUUCAGCCCUGAAAAUAACACAGAGUGUGACCCAUGGAAGACUUGUCACAGAGCUACAAAGGGAGCAGGCACAGAGGAAGGCAGAGCAAAGGGGUGGGAAAUACUGGAAAUAUCACAGGCAGGUGUGAAAACCUGCAGGGAGCUGGGAGAGGUUCCCCACCUGUGGAAAACGGGCCAGGACCAGCUGUGGAUUGGCCAGUGUGAUGUCCCCAGACCCUCUCUUGUGUUUCCCUCAGGGAAAGCCUGAGCUCUGUGCCCAGUUCCCUGCCUCUCCCAGUAGCCCUGCAGGUGAUGGCUACUUCAGCAGUAUUUUGACUAUGUAGAAGCAGCCAGACCUGAAAAAGAGGUGGGAGGAUAUGGCUGAGACCCAAAUGCUGAUGGUUAAAUUCACAAAAUCCUAGAAUGUUUGGGAUAAAAGGGACCUUAAAGACAUCUCUUUCCAACCCCCUGCCAAGGGCACCUUCCACUAGACCAGGUUGCUGAUUUCCUGGGAAAUGCUGGUGUUGAGCAAUGUCCCAAACAUCUGCUCAUUUGCCCCCAGUGACAAACCCCUCAUGGCCAGAUGUGGUGAAUCCUCUGCCCAGCUGUUGGGAAAUGCCAGCAGGAGCUGUCCCUUCUCUUGAGUGGCACAAAAUGGUCUCUUGUCCCUUGGGUGUGACACCUUCUACAGCUCCACACCCAGGCUGGGAGCUGUGCUGCUGAGUGGGCUUGAGCAGGGGUGCAGAACGGAUUUGGGAUGUGGGAGAGGGCAAGGCAAGAAGCAGCAGGAUACAGGGAAUAACUCAUCUGCACAACCCAAGCAGCAGGAGUGACCAGAGAGGCAGGGAGACACUGUACCCUGCAGGUGGCCAGGAAAUUCCUGGUGCACACCAAGAGCUCUUGAUACUGGUGUUGACCCUCUGAGAUGCAGGGAAGUGGCUGCAGGAGCUUUUUACAGAGUCCCUGCAAUGCCCAGGACCUGCUUUCCUUGGGAAGGCAGCUGGGGUUUGGCUGGAGCAGGUUCAGAAAGAAGCAGUGUAAAAAUUCAUGGCAACAUUUAAGGCGGUGUUUCUGGUGGAGCGUUAUUAACGUAGAUACAAUCACAAAACUGUGUGUAAGCAAAGAGAAAUUUGGUUUAUUUAGGUGAUUUAGGAAGAGUAAUAACCCUUUGUGAGAGAGAGAAAAUAGCAGGGGCUGGUGGAGCUGUUCAGAGGUGGAGGGGCUGCAGAGUAAUGUGGGGACCCAGCAGAGCUGAGGAGCCCCACUGGCCCUGGGAAGGGGCUCAGGGACACACAGGACUGGCUCAUCCCUUGGCUCUGUCCCUGUCCCAGUUCUGCAAAGCUGAGCCAGCCCUGGUGGGAGCUGGAGAGCAGCCCAGUGCUCCUGAGAGAUCAAGUCCCUUCUUUUCAUGCACCAGUUGCUCUGUGUGUGUCACAUGGGACCGUGGUAACUGGGGCAGGACUCUGGGUGUGUGGCAGGUCAGGGCUGUCCCUGGGGCCUCCCAUGGCCCUGUCACCUCACAGCACCUGAGCUGGGGCUGGCAGCUGUCAGGAUUGGUGCCGUGGCAUGGCAAAGUGCGUGACAAUCACAGGAGGGUUGGAAGGGACCCUAAGGGUCAUUUAGGUCACUCAGGUCACAGAUGCACAGCUGGCAGCCCCAGGGGGGCAGGAAAGGCCCUCACAUCUUUAUGUUCCUCACAUUUCCUCACAUCUUUAUGUUCUUACACCACGUCCCCAUCGGGCAUCCCAGCAGCCCCAGCACAUCCUCACCCGUCCUGUUCUGCUGAAGGAAAUCCCCGGAUAACACAAACCCAGGUCACAGCUGCAAAGCCAGCCAGCAGCACCACGACCUGCCAGCACUGCCAGAUGGUUGGACACAUUGAUUUAUAAAAAAAUAUGGAUGUUGAUCUAGUACCGAUAUCCAACUGUGACAGACAAAAACUCUCUAGCAGUUUAAAGUGAGAAAGUGUGUGUUUAUUGUGUGCGGGAUCACUCCCAAAUCCACACCGCAGCUUCCAGGUGAUUACAGAGUCUUUUUAUCCAUACAGGUAUUGAAUACACAAAAUACAAAUACAUAUUCAUAAUUUUGGUACAUCCCAUUCCCCACUUCGUAUGCUAAUCACUUCAAAAGCCAUUCAGCAUGUGUGGUUUGUCCCUUGAAAUGGGUUGGUGUCCCUUUCAUGGGAGGGGUCCCAAAAUGAGGAAGUUAAUGAAGUCUUCCUCAUUCUGACCUUUUUACCUUUUCAAUGCCGAUAUGACAAAUGAACUCUUGGUGGAACUCCCAUUCCUUGUCUUCAAUUGGUUUCAGAACAGAGGAGGUCACAAUUGUCUUAUGUUCCUAAAAGCUAUUUGUCAGUUUAUAUUCCUCAUUAUAAACCCAGCUAACUAAACAUUGUGCUGAAAAGCAAUCAAGUAUUAGUUAACUACUUACUCCUAACUUCAUCAAGGCCUACUCAUUUAUUUUAAUUAACUCUAGUAAGGCUUAUUUCUAACUAAAAUCUUAGCUCCUCUAAAAUCUCUAAAUUCCUUAAAAUUUACGUUUCAACAUCACCAUCCUCCUCUUCAGGGACCAGAACUGCCAUGGAAACCCUUCAGCUGCCAUGGUAGCAGGGCUGGGGUCCCCCAUCCUCAUCCCAGAGAGGUGUCUGGUGGAGAAGUGACCUCAGGGUGGGUUUGGACACCCAUUCCUGGUCUGACCAGGCACACCCAGCUCUUCCCAACCCUCCCAGCAGCACCACAGGGCAGGCAAGCACCAGGAGUCAUUCAGGUGGGAAAAGACCUCCAGGAUCUCCAAGCUGGAGCAUGAAUGCCCCAGUCCCAUGAGAGCCAUUCCAUCCUCAGUGCCUUCCCUCGAGGGACUCAGCCACGCUUCAGCACCUUUAUUUGAGGCAGAUUCACCUGGUUUCUGCUCAGGUGACCUUUGCAACCCAACAGAAGUGACACCAAUUCCUUGGCUGCUCUGGGCUGGUGCUGCUGGGAUUGUGCCACGCUAAUUAACACUGUCUGUCUGCCCCACAUGCUGCACACUCAGUGUUUUGUAUAUAUGUGCCUAUUUCUGCACGUUCUCCCCAAAGUAGGCCAUGCCGAGUUACACAACCCGAAAUGCUCAAAUCCUCAUGUGGGCUGAUAUAAAAGUGAAUAUUUAAGUAUUUUAUCUAGCUUGGCAGACAUUAAAAAAUACAAUCCAGGUCACAAAUGAUUGAAUUUCUCCUCUCUCAAGAGUGCCAAAAUUGGGCUGAGGAGAUUCUCUGUACAUUAAGGUAUCGUGUUCCCUGCUAAAAUAUAGCAGUGGCAUUUCAUUGCCAAAGGAUAAUCACAGAGUGCCAAACAUUUAAUGAGUCCAACUGAUCUCCUGAGAGCUCUUCUUUCCAUUUUAUCUGCUUCCCCCUACUUGCCAAUUUAUGGGCAUAGAUUAAAAAUAAUAAAUAUGGCUGUCAACAGCAGGGGGAAAGAUCCUGUGUCCAUACAAAUGGGUUGGGCUGGAGUCAGUGGAACAGUAAAUGAGGAAAUUUUGGUUCUGCUUGGAGAUAUUCAUGGAAGGCUGGCAUCCUUGAGGUCCAUCAGGAACCUCUUGGACAUCGCAGGUGCAUCUGAAAAGGGACUUUACAGGGAGCACUGUGCCCGUGGUGCACCUGUGAAGCUACACCAGGUGUGAAGGCUGGUCCUGCUCAGGUUGCUGGGGGUUGGUGGAAGUCCUGCAGUGUUCACUCCUGGAAUUGCACUCCCCGUCUCCCUGAUUUGGAGUGACCUCUGGAGCUGGCUGGUGGUGCUGGUGGCUCUUAAAGGAUCAGUGUCCUGCAGGAAGAAUGGAUUGGGCAGUUUCUAAUUUCCCACCUGAGGACAAGACCUAGAGAGGAGCGAUCACCCAUCCCACCAGGGCUCCUGCCUUUGCAGCUGUUUCAUCUUGGGAAGGUUUUACUCCAGUGACAAACUUCAGGCUGAACUUGGCUUCUUCAGAGAGCUCUUUCCACAGAAGAGCCCUCAAAUUUCCUCCCAGCAACUUUUCCAUCUCUCUCUCCCUUCCCAGACACCCAAGAGCCUGAAGAGAAGCUUUGCAGACUCCCCUGAGCCUGAAUUAACACCUCAGCUUUAAUGACAAAUGGGAGUUUUGCUCGGAGGGGGGCAGGUGGUAGCGCUGGAGGUGGCAUUUUGGAGGGUGCAUUCCAGAGGUCCCCAGCUGGCAGGAACUCCACGCCUCUUCCUUGUGGAUGGAGCAGGGAUGGCCAUGGGAAGCACUCCCCAUGGGGGAUGCUGGCAAGGGGAGCACAGGCUGUUCCUUUCACCAAUAUUCCCAUUUUUUCCUGUAGCAGUAGUUAUUUAGGGCUAAGCUUUUCUCAGUUGGAAUGUCACUUUACAGAUUUUUUUAAAAAAUAAAAUAAAAAUAAGGGCAAGGAGUCUGUCCUGAGGAGUUUACAGUCUACAGCAAAGACCAUGUAACCUGCACUGCACUUUAGAAGCCUCAAAUGCUCACUCACCCCUGGAUUUCCCCUCGCCUGGGCAGCAGCACCUCCAGGGCUGGUGUCCCUUCCCGAGGUGACCCCUGAGCAGCACCAGAGCCACGUCCCCGCUGCGACAGCGCCGGGGCCCUCCUGCCCCACUCCCCCACGCAGAAGUGCCUGAGCAAAGCCCAGGAGAGCCAAGCCACGCUGGGUUUGUCCCCAAAUGGUCCCUGUGCCCCACACAGCUGUGCUCCCUGGGAUGGUGUCCUGCUUUGGAAAGCAAAACCAGCCAGAGGCUCUAAGUCAGAAACACAAUUUAUUAGGAAAAGGGAACAAAGAAGCAAAUACAUACAAUAGCACAAAAGAAGAACCACUGACAAAGUUAGAGACACAACCUGACACUCACUGGCUGGGGCGGUGGUGGCAGAUGUGGCUCUGUCCAAGCAGUGGACCUGUAGAUUGAUAUAAUUUCCCUCUGGAGGUCCAGUGCAGAGAAGGUCUCAGCUGUUCCUCUUGGAGGAGGGGAUUUAUUUGCUGUCUGCACAACCCCGCUGAUACCCUUGAUGGCAUCGUUUGGUUCCUCCCUCUGGGUGGAGCAUCUCACAACAGAACGCUGUGAUCUUAUCAGCCAUGUGGCUAAAAGAACAGCUCCUCCUGGAGGGACUUAUCUCUGAGAUAAGGGGGGAAAAAAUGGAUUGCAGCUCGAGGUGGUAAUGGAAUACACCCCAAUAUUAUAACCUGGGACAGAUGGCCAGGGAGGGGUGGGAAUGGUGCUUGGGAGCAGCAGGGACUGACCCUCAGGGCUGUCACCAGCCCAUGAGACACCUCUGGAAAACCUCCUCUUCCAGCCACUUGCAACCCAAGCCCACACUCUGAAGUUGUUCAAUCUUUUUGAGAAUCAAAGAGGGUUGUUUAGGUUUUUUUUUGGUGUGAAUCUGACUUUUCUUGGACAAACCCCAGGGGUUUAGGCUCACUCUUUCCAAGCUCCACCUUCUCUAGGUGAAAAAUGUAUUUUGCUGGUGAAGGGAAUAAAAAACCCCGGAGUUAAGAACUUCAGGGAGGAGGCGUUUGCCCCAAAGCCUUCAGAGCUGUGCCCACAGGCAGGGUGGGACAAGAGGAUGUCCCCAAGGGAGGACACCACCCUGGUGGUGUCACCAGAGCCUGCUGCAAGGUUGGGCUCCUGCUGAGGGAAACCCCCAGGCAGGAGCUGCGUGGAGAAUGUCCCCUGGAGGCAGAGUUGAGGUGACAUUACCCAAACUGGUGUCUGAAUUACAGACUGACAGGACCCUGAGGCCACCACAGCACCACUGAUGGUUCACCCUCCCAGCAGGGAUCUUCCCAGGGGUGCCUCCAACCUCUCACUGCUCCCAGGAGCAGGAUUAAAGCUCUUGCUGGUUGUUGUGAGCCCCAGGGGGUGUGGAAGGAGCCUUUCCCCACACACUGGGAACUCCAGGGGAACGGGUUUCAGCCCAGUGGCAAUUCCAGCACUCGGUUCUGUGUAAGGUUAAGAGUGCAGGGAGGAGAAAAUAAGGCAGAAAGGAACCAGCCCAGCAUUUUAGGUUGGUUAUGCUCACAUCAGCCUGCACAGGGGAAACCUCAGCCAGGUCAGACCCUGUGCAAAGCCACAAAGGGCAGGGAGGGGAAUAAAACGUUCUGUGAGGGGAAUAAAUCUGUUCUGUGAGGGGAAUAAAACUGUUCUGUGAGGGGAAUAAAACUGUUCUGCAGGUCAGUGUGGGACUGAGCUGUGGCAGGAAGGAGCUGAGUCGGGUCUCAGGGAAAACUUUCUGGAGGUGAGGAUGGAGAAACUCAGGUCACAGAAGCUCUGACAUGGCUUGGAGAAGCCAGAGAGAAGCUCUGACCUUGUGUGCAGCCAGGGAGUGGUGCAGGUACCCACAGGGCCUUUCUGGCAUGUUUGUAAUUCUCCCUCAUCCCCCCUUGAGGGUCUGUCCAGUGGGUUACAGCCCCAAAGCAUCCCCCAGCAGUCAAGGCAGCUGAUUCUGCACCCCCUUGGUUUUGGUGUUGAUCCUCAAAUAGAAUAAAGAUAAAAUGUGCUGCAGAACAAGCACUGAGAGGGAAGGAUGUGAACUCACAGCAUUUCAAUAGUUAAAAAGCAGCAGCUCCUCUAGACCAUUCAUGAUCCACAGACUGUAGUGAGUAAACCAUUAAGGUGGACAAUUCAACAUUUACCCUUUGAUUUGGGGUAGCUCACUUGAGAAAUCUAAAAAUAAAAUGUAAAAAACAAAAUCUAAAAAUAAGCAAACAAA